AUGUCGUCGUCGACCGACCAGCAACAGACCGAUUUGUCGUCGCAACAACCUCAAGCCGAGCCGCCUGUGUCGCCAACUUCUGCUGCCGCCGCCGCGCAACAAGCGACCGCUCACGCCUACGCCAGCAAUGGCCUUCGAGCUCUCCAAGACGUCACCGAUGCGGCUGCCGCCCUCCAGAAUGUCCAACACCUGACCUCUGCCGUUGCGGCUGAUGCUCAGCAACACGAACAGCAAGCAAUCGACCAGCAGCUGUCCAUGCCCGAUGCCUCGGACCCAGCUCAGCAUGAUUCAUUUCCGUCUCCGCCUCCUCCUCCGCAGAAUCAGCAGCAGCAGCAACCACAGCCAGAGCCACCGCAUACGCCGUCGCAACCACAUCCUCCUCAGACCUCCGCCGCUCCAGCUCCAAUCCCAGCCUCGGCUCCGGCUCCUCCUCCGGCCCCAGCCGUAUCCGUUGCCGUCGAUGGCUCUCUCGGUCAUGUCCCACAUGCCCCGGUCGGCGCCUUCCCUCCGGGAUUCCCUUCGAUGCCUCCUCUUCCCGGCUCGAUACCACCUAUAUCUCGAGAUCCCACGGUCAACCCGAAGCUGACGCGCCUCCGACGAGCUUGCGACAUGUGCUCGCAACGCAAGGUCAAGUGCGACGAGGCAGGCCCCCCUUGUAGGCCAUGCCGCGAGCUCAACGUCGACUGUACCUUCAAUCGCGAGCUCAAACGACGAGGACCCCCGAAUAAACAUGCCGAGGCUGCCAGAGCCGCCCGAAGACAGAGAAUAGAGCCCGGAAUCUCCUUCCACGCCUACACUCCUACGACUCCAACACCGUCUCCUCAUAAUGCUGCGCAGGCCCUCGUGUCUAUAGCAGAAGGUCCAGCUCGCCUCGACGCGGAAGCUAUUGCGCCGAUGCCCAUCCUCGAGCUUCUGGUCGACGACUUCUUCACAUACAUACAUCCGCUGGCGCCCUUUCCUCACGAGCCGACCUUCCGACACUCUUUCGCGAACCGAGAAGAUCGCUCGAACCCAGAGUUCCUCGGCCUGUUGGCUUCCAUGAUUGGAGCUCUCGUCGCCUCCUUCCCGAGAAGCGCCAGACAACACCUCAAGACACAGCAUAGCACGCAUCUCUUUCCCCGAGCGAUAGUCAUGAUUGAGAAGUGUCGAGAUAUUGCUCUGGACACAAGAGGCGCCCGGUGGUCUGUCAAGCAGCCCAAGACCUUGGACGACGCGGCCACCAGUUAUUUUCUAGGGUUGGCCGCCGGCUACACAUUCGAGGUUAAUCGCUUCCGAUACUUCACGUCAGAGUGCUUGGCCCUGAUUCGAGAGCUCGGCUUCCACCGGCCGAAGCACCCCAACGAGCUUCCCACAUUCGGAAACGACAACUGCUCGCCAGACCCUUUGCCGUUCCACCACAUCAAGGACCAAAUCGGCAAGCGAAUCUUCUGGUGCUUGUUGUUGGGCGUCAGAUCAUUCUCGCAACUGGGCGCCUCUCAUGCGGACUUGGUCAUUGCCCCGCCCACACCAGGCCUCCCGUAUCCUGCUCUGCCUGAGAACGUCGACGAUCUGUACAUCAUGGCCAACGAGAUUGUAUUCCCUUCAGAGAGCUCCGUUACCCUCCUCACUGGCUACCGCUUUGCGAUUGACAUCUACACAACCAUGAACGCCAUUGUCAGUGUGGAACUUGUUUAUGGGAUGAGUACACUACCAUGGCCUGAUCAGAGAUCGCUGUUGCGAGACGCUCUGGUUGCCGCCAAGGAUAUCAUCGAUCGCCUUCCUUCUGAACUCCAGCUCAGUGGAUCCCACGAGCAGUCAAGUGGUUUUGGCGCGCUAGACGAUGCUGACCUUCAAUACGUGCCUCCGGCUCACCCCAACAUCCAGCCCUCCAACGAUGUUCGAAACGUCAUUAAGAAUCAGCCACAGCGACGUCGCCAGCUCCAGUAUGAGAUCCAGAAGGCCAACAUUUACAUUUCUCAACUGGCCACCAGAUCAUUCUACGUUGAGCUGUACUUCAACCUACGGGAUGUCCACCUCAAUGACCCAAAUAAGGACGCCCCGGCAGGCGAGUCCGCCGAGGAGAAGGCUGCAAAGGAGGCAGAAGACUCAGAGGAAGCGCGAGUUUUUGAGCUCAUGACAGCAGAGCGCGAGCUUAUUGUGCAGAACCUGCUUCAUGUUCUUGGCUCCAUCUCUCAGCGUAACCUCGAGCCGAAUGGCGGUUCCCUUAUCAACAAGGUCCGGCAAGUUGCUUCGACACUGCUCAACGAUGCCCCCGAGCGUAAAGGUCCAGUAGCGAUGAAGUCCGAGGAAGCUCUGAUGCGUCUGAUUGACAUCCUCCUCAAGCUGGAAGGCACAGGGCCUAGCGGCAACAACAUGGCUGGGGAGAACAUGACACCACAGGACGAGGAAGAGGAAAUGCGAAACUGGGCUCAUCUUCGUGACUACCAGCAGCGCUUUGCCGCUCACGGGGGUUUCGCAGGAAAUCUUUGA